GGGUCUUUCAGCGCUUCCGGGUUAGAUUGCGGCGAGCCAGUCUUCCCCUGUUGGACUGGGCGACCUUGCGGCCUCAGGCGGGCGACGUCUUCGAGCAAGUAGCCGUCAUGGUGGCUCAUUGGAGGCAAGCUGGGCUCAGCUAUAUCCGCUACUCUCAGAUCUGUGCAAAAGCAGUAAGGGCAGCCCUGAAACCUCAGUUUAAAACGGAGGCAGAGAAAGCAGCUGGAAGCCAUGUAAAAACUAUAAAACCCAAAAAGGAAUGACACAAAAACCAUUCUCUAAAAGGAAAAAUGACAACUCAUUGGUAUGUUUAUGGAUAGCCACUUCCCAUUUUGUGAAACCAUCCAUGUAUAUAUAUAUAAAUGAACCAUACCAAUAAAUGAAACUUAAUGCAAA